AUGGAGGGCACCUUCAUGCACAGCAUGAAUCCCUGGAUAACAAUCCCUGAAAGGGGAAAAGGGUAUGGAGAACAGAGGAAAGGAAGUGGAAAAGGAGGAGCUGGAGGCCACUCAAAAGGUGGAGUGUUGAGUGGGCAAGGCUCCCACCUCUCUCACGUCUCCUGCUUUUUUGCAGUCACCAAGGCAGACCCUGGAGCUACCUUUUGCCAGAAAGGGGAUAUAAGCCUGAGCCCUCAGCUGCCUGGCCUAGCACUCUGUACACAAACAAGCCCUAAGGCUGGUGAUAAGAGCCUGACCAAGAGGCUCCAGCAGGAGGUGCCCCGAACAAAACUGGGAAGCCUGUGCCUGGGCUUGCCAUCCCAGGGUAUCUGGACUAGGAUGGGGGAUGGGCCUGUGCAGGAGGUGCCCUGGGUGUCCUCUUUCGGCCCCAUGGAGUCCUCACCCAUUCCCCAGUCAUCAGGAAACUCUUCUACUUUAGGGAGGGUCCCUCAAACCCCAGGUCCCUCUACUGCCAGUGGAGUCCCAGAGGUGGGGCUGCGGGACAUAGCUUCAGAAUCUGUCGCUCUCUUCUUCAUGCUCCUGCUGGACUUGACCGCUGUGGCUGGCAAUGCUGCUGUGAUGGCUGUUAUUGCCAAGACACCCGCCCUCCGAAAAUUUGUCUUUGUCUUCCACCUCUGCCUGGUGGACCUGAUGGCCGCCCUGACCCUCAUGCCCCUGGCCAUGCUCUCCAGCUCCGCCCUCUUUGACCAUGCCCUCUUUGGGGAGGUGGCCUGUCGCCUCUACUUGUUCCUGAGUGUAUGCUUUGUCAGCCUGGCCAUCCUCUCUGUGUCGGCCAUCAACGUGGAACGCUAUUAUUACGUGGUCCACCCCAUGCGCUAUGAGGUGCGCAUGACGCUGGGGCUGGUGGCCUCUGUGCUGGUGGGUGUGUGGGUGAAAGCCUUGGCCAUGGCAUCUGUGCCAGUGUUGGGGAGGGUCUCCUGGGAGGAAGGAGCUCCCAGUGUCCCCCCAGGCUGUUCACUCCAAUGGAGCCACAGUGCCUACUGCCAGCUUUUUGUGGUUGUCUUUGCUGUCCUUUACUUCUUGUUGCCCCUGCUCCUCAUCCUUGUGGUCUACUGCAGCAUGUUCCGAGUGGCUCGUGUGGCUGCCAUGCAGCAUGGGCCACUGCCCACAUGGAUGGAGACACCCCGGCAACGCUCCGAGUCUCUCAGCAGCCGCUCCACUAUGGUCACCAGCUCAGGGGCCCCCCAGACCACCCCACACCGGACGUUUGGAGGAGGGAAGGCGGCAGUGGUCCUCCUGGCUGUGGGGGGACAGUUCUUGCUCUGUUGGUUGCCCUAUUUCUCUUUCCACCUCUACGUUGCCCUGAGUGCUCAGCCCAUUUCGACUGGGCAGGUGGAGAGUGUGGUGACCUGGAUUGGCUACUUUUGCUUCACUUCCAACCCUUUCUUCUAUGGAUGUCUCAACCGGCAGAUCCGGGGGGAGCUCAGCAAGCAGUUUGUCUGCUUCUUCAAGCCAGCUCCAGAGGAAGAGCUAAGGCUGCCUAGCCGGGAGGGAUCCAUUGAGGAGAAUUUCCUGCAGUUCCUUCAGGGGACUGGCUGUCCCACCGAGUCCUGGGUUUCCCGACCGCUACCCAGCCCCAAGCAGGAGCCACCUGCUGUUGACUUUCGAAUCCCAGGCCAGAUAGCUGAGGAGACCUCUGAGUUCCUGGAGCAGCAACUCACCAGUGACAUCAUCAUGUCAGACAGCUACCUCCGUCCUGCCCCCUCACCCCGGCUGGAAUCAUGA